GAAAGAAAUGAAGACAAAACUAUUGAUCCAGAUAUAGAACGACCUCUUGUCACAAAUUGUUCUGUUAGGACUUGCACUGAAGUUGGGAAUUUAACUCCUCCGCCAAGUACCAGUCAGGAACCAGUUUUUACGACUCCAAAAAGUAAAAUAAAAGUUGUUAGAAAAUUUAAUUAUUCUCCAUCAUCCGAACCAUACAGCGGCGGAAGUAGUGAUGUGUGGGACCCCGGAAAUGUUUCCCACAUUCAAAAAACCCUUGGUCCAAUGACUACAAAACGCCGUGUGUGGUUGACACCAAAAAAGUCGACAGCAAAAGUUCUGUUUAAAAACUGCAUAGAAAAAUUAACAGUACCUAGUCUGGCAGAAUGUUCAGAAGCUAUUGCUCACUCAAAAACUCUGCAAACCCGAACGGCGCAGCAAGUAAGGCAGUGGGUGCAACACUAUAUUAAAACCAAUUACUUGAAAUGUGAUACUGCAAAAAUUCGACGUCCCUGGAGUACACCAGAAAAGCAGCUUGUUCGUAAAGCUUUUGGCACCUACAUUGCGGAAAAAUUGUAUCCAUCAGGAUUUGAAAUAAGCGAAUUAAUUAAAAAAGAUCCCAUCCUCAGAAGGCGCUCCACAGCUUCUAUAAAAAGUUUUCUGCAACAUGAAAGAUCAAAAAUCAGUGAGUAUAGAGUUAAAAGAGAGGCAACCUUAUGGACAAGUGCGGGGCUAAUGCUCCGUCUUACCCCUCACUUCACUUCAUCCAUAAACGUAAUAGUGGAUAGUGGCUCUCCCUCCUUUUUUCUUGUGAACUACGUUAACAGUAGUCUGGACGAACACCAACUCAUCAGACUUGUGGCCAGUGCGAUUACGUUAAAGCAAAAUAGCCCAUCCCCAAAUGAACGGUGGACUGGUGAAAGGCAGCUGCACGUGUGCGGACCUUCAACCUUGUGUGGCGGCACAAUAACACGUCGUUCGGUCGUGCAGCAAAAUUCCUAUCUCCUCCAAGCCUGCCGUAAGGAACUUCGUUCCAAAAAUGAACGGCCAUUAUAG